UGAUGACCACUCAGGCUGCCAUGAUCACCCACUGCCGUUAACUUCCUAGCUACUUCCUCGAUCAGAACACCACCCAUGCCGUCGUCUCCAUCCGGCCACCGCCAGGGCCGUUGCCUGCUCCUCCUUGCCAUGGUGGCGAGCCUCUCUACCUUCGUAAUGUCCAUGGACAGCCGGUUCACGUUGGUCCACUGCCAAACGUCGGCGGCGCCAUCUCCUGCUCCCUCGUCGCCGUCGCCGCCGCCGCCAUCCUCCUCCUCCUCCACCGCCACUAACAGCACGUUCUGGUCCAACGUCGUCGCGUUACUGGAUGCGCUACCGUCUGCAGCAGCACCGACGGGCUUCGCCUCCCUGUCUCGCGGCAACGGCACCAACCGCGCCUUCGUCCGAGGCAUCUGCCGCGGCGACUCCGCCGGUGGCGAUUGCGCCAGGUACCUCCGGAGCGCCGCCAUGGGCAUCCGGAGCCGAUGCAACAGCAACAGCCGCCGCGCCGCCAUCUGGUACGACGACGGCUCCACCGUGACAUAUCCGGCGCCGAUGUUCUGCUUCGUCAGCUUUGCCGACACCAACACGUCCACGCCCGACGAGCAGAAGUACCGCCACGAAAUGCAUAACACGGGGCAGGCCCGUGACAAGGGCGCCUUCGAGAACACAUACUACACGCUCAUGACGCGGCUCGCCGCGCGCGUCGUCAACGGCUCCGGCGACACCGCGCCGGCCUCCUUCCCGGAGGCGCCGAUGUUCGCGACGGGGGAGGCCGUGUAUGACCCCGGCGUCCCCAACGGAACCAUGUACGGGCUGAUGCAGUGCAUGAGGGAUCUGACGGCGGCGGAGUGCGACAAGUGCUUGCAGGACUCGGUGCCACGGCUGCCUAGCUGCUGCUAUGGUAACCUGGGUGGGGUGGUGCUCGGCUACAACUGCUACCUUCGCAUGGAGAUGUACACCUACUAUGAUCUCAAGCUUGAUCCACCGCCCCCUCCAGCGCCAGCUCCGUCCAACUUCAUCGGACAAAGUGCAGGAAAAAAGGGGCUUGGUUCGACUCUCGCCGUCGCCCUCCCUGGUGGUGGAACGGUCCUCAUUGCGCUCGUCAUCCUUGGUGUUUUCUUACGCAGAAGAAAUGCCAAUCGAAAGAGAACGCCAGACGACAACAGUAGCAAAGAAGAGGACAUCGGAUAUGUUGAGCCGGAGCAACUUAAUCUAGCGGUGUUAAGAGAUGCAACCGACAAUUUCUCGGAAGAAAACAAGCUUGGAGAGGGAGGUUUUGGAGAAGUGUUCAAGGGUACAUUACAAGAUGGGGAAGAGAUAGCUGUGAAGAGGCUUUCACAGAACUCCUCACAGGGAUUCCAAGAGCUUAAGAACGAGCUUGUUCUGGCUGCCAAGCUUGAGCACAGGAACCUGGUGCGGCUCUUGGGUGUGUCCCUGCAAGAAGAGAAGCUGGUCAUCUACGAGUACAUGCCCAAUAGAAGCCUAGAUACCUUCCUUUCUGAUCCAGUGAGACGGCAACAGCUCGACUGGAGCAAGAGGUUUUCCAUCAUCUGCGGUAUCGCACGAGGACUUCUCUACCUCCACGAGGAGUCCCGCUUGAAGGUCAUUCACAGAGAUCUAAAGCCAAGCAAUGUAUUGCUUGAUGCAAAGAUGAACCCCAAAAUUUCAGAUUUUGGCAUCGCCAGGGCUUUCGGUGGAGACCAAACUAGAGAUAUAACAAGACGACCUGUUGGAACACUCGGGUACAUGUCCCCAGAGUAUGCCUAUUGGGGGCAUGUUUCAACCAAGUCAGACAUGUUCAGCUUCGGGGUCAUAGUCCUGGAAAUUGUGACCGGGCGAAAGAACAACAGCGCAUACAACGACAAUUCAGACUCCAUAUCUGUUCUGGGCCAUGUAUGGGACAAGUGGAGAGCUGGUUCCAUGGUGGAUGUGGUAGACCCAGCGCUAGCGGAGUCAGGGUACCCGGAAAGCGAGCUACUCAACUGCAUAGAGAUCGGUCUCCUAUGUGUCCAGGAGAACCCAGCGGACCGACCAGACGCCUCUGCAGUGGUGCUUAUGCUCAGCAGCCCGACCUCCACGUCUGAUGACAGACAUCGUGCCCCGUCUAGGCCAGCCUUCGUCUUCAGCUCCGGCUUCACUGAAUCAGAUCACCCAUCAAGAUCCAGUGUCGAGAUCUCUGAUGGCGUGCCGCUGAUUAACGGCAAACAGUCCUCGACAACCUCGGUUUCAGAGAAUGAGAUGUCGAUCUCAGAGCUUCAGCCGAGAUAGAUAUGUGUAGCACAGAGUGCGCAGCACAAGCCACCAUAGCUGGGCUCGAUUUUGCCUAUAAUGAAUUAUUCAUUUCCAUGUAUCUUAAAGCAUAUGUAGCAGGGUAACGAAAAAUUUAGAUCACGGAGUAAGAGCAUCCAUCUCAUUUGAUCAGAGGGCUUAUAUCGAUCAUUCUGUCCUGUAUAAUCUCAUCACCAUUCAUACACAAUGGAUUGUAAUCCAUCAUCUAUUUGGACCAAUCAAGAAUAAAGGAAAUGAAAUUAUUUUGCAUCCAUAA